AUGACAUAUCAAGUCGAAUACGCGACAGAACAAGAUGCCAUUGGGCUGGGCUGCAUCAACAAUGAUAGCUUCCAAACUCGACUGAUGCUAUCAGCCAUGUUCCCAGAAACCGAUGAGCCAUCGCUGCGUACAUACAAGUCCUAUCAAACCAUGAAGCAUCUAGCCAGUCCAGAAGCACACGUGUUGAAGGUCAGAGACCCUUCGAGCGGAGUCAUAGUUGGCUACGGGCGUUGGCAAAUUCCCGCGGUACUGGGCGUACCUCCGAAUGUGCCCGAACUGAGCGAGCAGGCUCAAAUCUACGCUAAAGAUCCAGUGGCAUUCGCACCGCAGCCCAUGGAUAAAGAGGUAUAUGCGGCUUUUCGGAGACUGUUGGAUGAGGGGCGAAAGCGGUACACUACGGACCGGGAUAUGAGUAGGUUCUCCGCAAUCCUUCAAGCCCCGCAUUUGUUGAUCAGUGUCAUAGUGCUUGACUUGUUGGCUACAUUGCCCAGCCAUCAAGGUCGGGGUAUUGGGAGUGCCUUGAUUCGCUGGGGUACUCAGCUGGCGGAUUCUUUGCAGACUCGCAUUUACUUGGAGGCUACUCCGGAGGGUUAUCCGAUAUAUCUCAAGUAUGGGUGGAAACGGUUGGAGGAGGUCGAGCUGGAUAUUGAAAAGUUCGGGGGUCAUGGAAAGGAGUCCUUCAUUCUGAUGAUGCGAGACCCUGUUCCGCAAUAG